GCGCGGUGAGAGCUCGAACAUUCAACCAGCGAACUAUCCGUUACCUUCUCCAACGGCUACACGCAAAAUUCUUUUUUGAAACUUCAGAGACCCCAAAAUCCCCAAUCUCCUUUCAUACUCUCCGCUUGGAGCUUUCUCCCGCCUCUUCACUCUUCCUCUUUCUCUCUCCACUUCAUUGAGCAUCCGAUCUCUCGUCUCUCAAAUUCUAGAUUUCCAUUCAAAAUUUCCCAAAAUCCCGCCCAAAGAUCCAAGCUUUCUCUCCUCUUUCGACUCUCGCUCAGAGAUGGCUCCGACGCCAUCUUCUUCCUCCAAAUUGAACCCUACCCAUAACUCUUUCAAGACUCCCCAAUCCAAACAGCGCCUCAAUUUCACCCCCGGUAGAACUCCCAACCACCAACCCUCGCCAAACCCUAAUCCCGCCGUCAGAGAAGUCCAGCCGAUCGACCACCCGAUCGAGGUCAUCGGACGCAUCAGGGAUUUCCCCGACCGGAAGGAGAAGCCGGCUUCAGUGUUGACCGUGAACCCCGACGGCGAGACAGUCAGAGUCCGGGCGGAAAUCGGCUACAGGGACUUCACCCUCGAUGGGGUUUCUCUGUCGGAGCAGGAGGACAUUGAUUCGUUCUACAAGAAGUUCAUUGAAUCGAGGAUUACUGGGGUGAAAUUGGGGGAGAAGUGUACGAUUAUGAUGUAUGGGCCGACAGGUUCGGGGAAGAGCCACACGAUGUUUGGGUGUCCCAAGCAGCCAGGGAUAGUGUACAAGGCUUUGAAGGAUAUUUUGGGGGAAGGAGGAGGAGAAGAGAAAGGAAGCCGUGAGGAGAAGCUGGGGUUGAUGGCUACUUUCGUUCACGUCACUGUUCUGGAGAUAUAUAAUGAGGAAAUUUAUGAUCUUUUGUCCAGUAAUGGCGGGACUGGAGGGUUUGGAAUUGGGUGGCCUAAGGGUGGCAGUGCUUCGAAGGCAAGACUCGAAGUAAUGGGGAAGAAGGCGAAAAAUGCCACUUUCAUAUCGGGCUCUGAAGCUAGCAAGAUUCUGAAAGAGAUUCAGAAGGUGGAAAAGAAGAGGAUUGUUAAGAGCACUCUCUGUAAUGAAAGAAGUUCCAGAAGUCACUGUAUGAUUAUCCUAGAUGUUCCAACAGUGGGAGGCCGCCUGAUGCUUGUAGACAUGGCAGGAUCAGAAAACAUUGAACAAGCUGGGCAAACUGGCUUUGAGGCUAAGAUGCAGACAGCAAAGAUAAAUCAAGGAAACACAGCACUAAAAAGGGUGGUUGAGUCAAUUGCAAAUGGAGAUUCUCAUGUGCCUUUCAGAGAUAGCAAGUUGACUAUGCUGCUCCAGGAUUCUUUUGAAGAUGACAAGUCAAAGAUUCUAAUGAUUCUGUGUGCAAGUCCUGAUCCAAAGGAGAUCCACAAGACAAUCUGCACUCUCGAAUAUGGAGCUAAAGCAAAGUGCAUUGUCCGUGGCCCUCAUACCCCAAUAAAAGAUACCGAGGACCCGAGUUCAGUCAUGUUGGGAUCCAGGAUAGCAGCCAUGGACGAGUUCAUUUACAAGCUGCAACUGGAGAACAAGGCCAAAGAGAAAGAGAGGAAGGAGGCAAACAAACAACUCAUGAAGAAAGAAGAAGAGAUAGCUUCCUUAAGAGCCCAGAUUGCAGUGCGGGAAGCUAUAGUUCCAAGUGAAGAAGAGAUAAACUUGAAGGUGAAUGAGCGAACUCAGAUGAUGAAACUCGAACUGGAAAGGAAGUUACAAGAAUGCCAGAAGGCAGCUGAGAAGUGGUUUGAGAUAGAGAAGAAAAGGAUGGAAGAGAAGAUAUUGCAGCAGCAACAAGAAGUAGAAAUGCUGAGGAGACGAUUGGAAGAGAUUGAGCUGGAGGCAAGUCGUCCCAAGGUUAGUGGGUUGGAGCAAAGUGUUGCCGCAACUGAAGUGGAUGGUUGCAGAAGCAGCUUUGCUAGCAGGCUGUUGGGAGCUUGUGGUGGGGACGACGAGGCAGGGAUGGUGAAAUCAAUGGAUCUGGACAUGGGUGAUCAAGAAGUGUUUGUGCGCGAGGUUAAGUUUGUAAACUCGGCUUCUAAUCAGCCAAGCAGCAACAUUGGCAGUCCUUAUUUCCUCCCUCCACAGAGUGAUGCAUAUGGAACCAACUAUGGCGAUAAGUUUAGUCUCACCACGGUUUUUGAGGAGGAAGAAGUGGACGAAGGAGAUGAACUACAACAAGCUGAGGAACAACAGGAGAUGGAAGAGGAAGAAGAAGUUGAGAAGAAGGUUAUAGAGGUGGAGUGGAGGAAGCCAUCAAGUGAGGGAGAGGACAACAGCCAACUGAAGGAGGACAUGUCCGAGGCGAGCAGGAUAUUAAGAAUCCAAAACAUAUUUACUCUGUGUGGAAACCACAGGGAGCUGUCCCAGACGCAGACCAUCAACACACCAGUUGCUGCUGCUAAAGGGUUUCAGGAGGUUUAUCCUGAGAAGGAGAACAACAACCCUCAACUCCCACUCACUCCACUUCUAGAUAACAACAAACUCGCACCAAGUUCAUGCUUGUCUUCUAAACAGAUGACAGUGCAAGAAGACGAUGGCUUCUCAGCUGAAAUUGGGCACCUAACAACCACUCCUUUUAUUACCAAGAGAAACGCUCUACACUGAUGGUCUUCUUUCUUAUCCGGUAAUCCUUUUGUAUCUUGGGGCAAAAUAUCUCUGAGUAUAUGUGCCCAUGUACUCCUGUAUGCAAGCCUUAUUGUUGUAGUUUGGAAAUGCUUGUAUGGCCUAUCGUUCAGCAUCUCUUGCUAUCUAAAACUGAUCCACACAAGAUAUUCAGGGCAUUUCCACCAUUUGAGUCUCUACUUCCUUUAUUUGCACCAAACCCUCAAAGGGUUCAGUGUAUGUCAUUGUGUUUUGCUUCACAGUUUUAGCCAAUUGGCAACAGACGAACAGAAAGAUUCUAAGAAAGAUUCUAACUUUGU